AUGGAGCAGCAGGCCGCCGCUUGCGGCGAUACUCUCGAAAUCGACGCAGAAUAUCUCCGUUUCCUGGUCACGCACGCGCAUGCUACACGUCCCUUAGAUCCAUUUGAUUCUUCUAUGGUGCGGAUUCGCGGCAUCGAGUAUGAUUUCCUGAAGCGCAGUCUUACUGACUAUCUCACCCUCCGGAAGAACAUGCUUGAUUAUGGCAUCAAGCCUACCAUUCUUGAAGCGUUCUUGAAUCCGGACGGCUUCGACGCUCAUUCUAACACUACACAGCGCCCCAGUGGCUUUGGUGCUGGAAUAUCAAUGCCCGAGUCAAUGGAACAUCCCGUACCUAGCUCCUUCGACCAUGUCACGCACAUUCUCACAGGAAACCCCGUCAUGAAUGAGACUGCGCUUCGCCCCAAUGAACGCUGGUACGAUAGCGUUACUGCCUCGGAGGCUGAAGCCGGCUUUAAUGCUACCCCGGAAGUCUUCACUACUCACAAUCCAGAAGCCCCCGUCUUUCGGAUGCCCGAGCAAUCCGAAUCUGAGUAUGACCUUCCCGUGACUGGAGGUAGCAAUGACUAUGGCCGCGAGUACAACGUUGAGCACGACACAUCCUCUAGACCAGGACACAUCUCACUCAAUGAUAAACGUACCAUUGAAAUCACGGGCUUUUCGCCAGCUACUUCUCUCAAGGAGGUUGUUGCACACGUCAAGGGUGGCAUGAUUGUCGAGGCCUACCGUUGUAAUGAUCGAGUUGUACGCCUCUCCUUUCUACAUGGCGUAGACGCCGAAGCUUUCUACACCUAUGCAAAGCGCAAUGACAUGUAUAUCAACAACAAGCGGGUUGCAGUCAAUUGGUCUGGUCGGCAGUGGACAAUCUCUCCCUUCAUAGAGAGCAAGAUCAUGCACGGAGCUACACGCGUCUUGCGACUACACGAAGCGUGUCGCUAUCUCACUGAGCAAAACAUUCGACUUGACAUGGAUCACAUUGACAACCUUAUUAUCCUCGACAUCAAGGCGCAAGGGAAUGAUCUUGUUGUAUACACUAACUCCGUGCAACUUUGUGGAUUCGCUCGUAGCUGCAUGAUGUCGCGCAAGCCGUACAAGUCACUGAAGAUUGGAUUCGAGAGAGAUGACUGCGACGAGCCUCUUCCCCAGCGCGUUCGUCCUAACUACGCCAACCCCGCUCGCCCGUCUUCUCAGCACACGUUUCAGCCAAGGGCUUCCGGCAACUUCUACGAUGUCCUCGACUUGGAGCCCACGGAAGAUGAGGAAGAUGACAACAGUCUAUGGCAGACUGGCAGGCACGAUAGAGCUUCCAGUGACUUCUCCUCGGUGAUCUACGAGGCGCGCCAGGAUGAUUCAGACCCUAUACACAUCGAUUAA